AUGCGAGUUUCACUUCUGCUCAUUGUUAUUCCAACUGUUAUUGGGGUUCCAGCAUGCAUCAAUCAAUUCAAUCCACCACAAAACCGGAAUGCUCUCACUUGGUACCCAAGUAAUUUCACAAAGACGACGGUGCCGAUGUUCCCGAAUAAUUUCGAUUGUGAAUAUGGAAUCAAUGUCCCACAAGGCUGGUUUGUACAGAUUCAGCUUUCUGUCACAUGUACAAAUUGCAAUGUUGGUAAAGAUUACGAUGUGGUUAUCACAGAUCAGUUGCAAAGGACUGAGAGAGUCUCGUUCGCCGACGAGGAACGUUUCUACUUCAUCGCAAAUGGUGGGAAAAUCAAACUAACCACCAGGACUGACACCGUUCAGUUUGGCUUCACCAUGUUAUGGCAGCCAUACAGCAACACUCCGCCAGCUCUCUUGAAUGUCUCCCAAUCUGAUACUCAACCAACUCUCAUCGUUAGAAACGGUGCACAACCAGCUGUGGUGAGAGGAGAGACCAAAGUGUCUGCAACAGUAUUGGCUCCUCAAUGGUGGGACGAAAAUCAAUACUUUCGUGGAGUCAUAUUCUUCGACGGGCCCACCUGGAACGCAACGUGUCUAGGCACUGCUUCACAGUUAUCCAAAGGAAAUACUCAAUAUGUUUCCAGUGGAAACUAUAUGAGUGUCUUGAUACUCGAAGCGUUUUCCUUCGACUACAUUGACAUUUUACUUCAAGACUACUCACAUACCAAGGAUAUUGUGCAGUUUCAAGGGAUGGAGUGCAACUGGUCCGAACAAUGUCUAUUUGUGAAGAUGAUGGAUGCGUCGAUGGGACCAGUUGUCUUUCAGACAUACACUCCAGUUAGCAGAUGGCCAAAUGUGAUAACUGGUAUCAGUGGAACGGGAAAUCUGGAUGUAUAUAUUGGAGGGAUAACGAGUAGUAAUGGGACGAAUCUGAUUGCCAGUUAUCAGUGA